AUGGCUACCUCACGUUGGUGGCUCUACGUGCAGGCCGUCUUCUGGCGGUUCCUAAUGCGCAUCGGGAUGUUCCUGCAUGAUAUCGGUCCACCCCGACCGCCAAGACCACUCUUUACCCGCACCGUGAACAGCGACAAACACCGCCACUCCCUCGUCCUCCAUUUCUACGUCCCACCCAAAUACCACGAGCAGCGAAGACUAGGCCGUCGUUAUCCCGUAUGUGUCAACUUCCACGGUGGCGGGUUCACCCUCGGAGCAGCGACGGAUGAUUCUCGCUGGGCGAAAUCCGUCUUAGACAAUGUCGAAGCCGUAGUGGUGAGUGUCAGCUACCGGCGGGCCCCGGAGCACCCAUACCCGGCCGCCGUAGACGACGGGGUCGAGGCACUCUUGUAUCUAGCGAUGCAUGCCGGCGAACUGGGACUGGAUGUGAGCAGGGUGGCGCUGAGCGGGUUCUCGGCUGGAGGCAAUUUAGCGGUUACUGUGCCGUUGCGAUUACGGGGACGCUUGUCGACGGAAGUAAAAGAAAAUCUGGGUCGAGCGGAAUCGACACAGAACCUGCUGAAUCAGGUGGCUGAUUUGAAUAUCGUUGCUUUGUUCUGUUGGUACCCGAUUUUGGAUUUCCAGGAAUCCCGUGACCACCGUCGUGCUAUGAGUAUCAUGCCGGAUAAAACUCUCCCGGCAUUCUUCACCACGCUGUUUGAUGAGGCUUAUCUACCUGUUCUGGAGGAACGUACCGACCCGUAUGCUUCUCCUAUCCAUGCGUCGGAUCAACUUCUCUCUGAAGGUCUUCCACGUGAUGUUUUCCUGUUCAUCUGUGAGUGGGAUAUGUUGAUGAAAGAAGGCCAGUCCUUCGUGCGCCGACUAGAAAGUCUUGGCAAGCGUCCUCGUGCCAUGCUCAUCGAGAAAGCCCGUCAUGGCUGGGAUAAGUCACCGAAUCCAUGGCGAGACCAGGACAGUGUGGAUGUAUUGUAUCGCGACGCGUGUGCAUCCAUGAAGGGAAUCUUUGAUCGGUGA